GCAGACAAUGGUAAAUAAAGAUGGGCGUUCUAUGCUAAUCCUUAAGAGUAUUGCACUCCUGCACCGUAGCGGCUUGUGCUAAAAGAGUGAGCAACUCUGUGGCUCGAUUUAGCUCAUGUGAAAGUAACAGCUUUCUUUAGAUUUCUGAUACCACGCAGGGAAAUUAAAUGGGUGACAGACGGGGUUUCUAUAUGCAUAGCCCAAGGCACAUUGGAGUGAUUUUUUCUCUUUAUUGUUUAGUCGAUUAAACUGUUAAGUCAACCAAGACAAGCCUAGGCUAUAACCGAGAACCUCGCGGGCUGACAGCAAGACGUUUCGCUGUGGACAGCGGCCUUACAGGGAAGAGCGAUGGGGAGGAGAAAGAUACAGAUCUCUCAGAUCAUGGACCAGCGCAACCGACAGGUGACGUUCACCAAGAGGAAGUUCGGGCUGAUGAAGAAGGCCUACGAGCUGAGCGUGCUGUGCGACUGCGAGAUCGCGCUCAUCAUCUUCAACGGCUCCAACAGGCUGUUCCAGUACGCCAGCACCGACAUGGACAAGGUGCUGCUCAAGUACACCGAGUACAGCGAGCCGCACGAGAGCCGGACCAACGCCGACAUACAGGAGACUCUGCACCGGAAGAGGCUGGACGGACAGGAUCUGGACCGGAUCGACAGCCUGCAGGGGGCAGCAGAGAGGAUCCCUCAGCUCAGCACUGGCAUGGGAUUUUCUGUUGCACGGCAACGAUACUACGCUCCCUCUCCAUUUCCUGUUGACCCCCCGUACUCUGGGGGGGUCUGUGAGAACUGGUCGGCCAGGGGCCACUCCCCCAAACCUGGCCUGCUGCCCCACAGACCCCCGCACCUCCACAAACCCCCCGCCUCCAAACUGGGCUCCUCAACCCCCACCGGGGCCCAGGCCCACCCCACGCUCAUGCCGUCCCACUCAGGUAUUGGCUGCUCAUUGUACUCCCAUGGCAACCUGAGCCUAGGCCCUGCAAACCGGCGAAUGGAGGCGCAGCCUCCUCCAGGGGACAGCCGCGCCAACCUCAGCACCGCGCAGAGGGCGCUGUAUCACAGCAUUUAUCCGGGAAACCACAUGGCUGCCAUGGAGAAAGCAGGCCUUUUGGGGCACACGCUAGGGGGGUACAGGGUACCCACUCCUGAGUACACCCACCCAGGCUCCGCCCACUCUGCCAGUUUUCAGCGCAGUGUCGCGGGCACCUGGCGGCUGUCACAUGACCCGGAAGUGCAGGGGGCUCUGGGAGGUCUAGGGAUGUCGAGUGGCGGCUGUUCCUUCCCGACGCAGGUCGCCACGGCGACCCUGCCCGCUCACCCCUCUUCGUCUCCCUCUCCCCCGCUCGGCCUCAACAUCAAAUCGGAGAGGGCCUCCCCGGAACAGGCCUGCGCCCCGGCCACGCCCCCUUCGGGACCGCGGUCCAAUCCGGAGCCGUAUCCACUCAGGGGGAGGGAGGAGCCUCACGGGGGAAGCCCCGCCUUCCUGCUCGGCUCUGCCAAGUCCCUAACGGAGGGAAGAGGCGGGCUCAGAGUUAACCAAUCAGAGUCCGUGCCUGAGGGAAGAGGCGGGCUCAGAGACGACCAAUCAGAGAUUGUCGAUGGUUGGCAAAGGUAGUAACCGAUCUUCAACAUAACAAGCCCAGUUU